AGAAAAGCGCCACUACACAAAACUGCAAAAACCGCCUCUCUCACUUGAACAACAGCAGCAGCCAGAGCAAGCUAUGGGGAAAAGCGAUGAUUCCAUUCAGAGAAGGAAGAAUAAGAAGACUAGAAAGAAGCAAGAUGACAAGGUCUCUAAUCGUAUCGCCGGAAUUAUUGCUGCUAAGAAACGUCGACUCUCCGGCAAACGCCGUAUGUGUGAGGGAAUGUGCUAUAGUUUGCCUACACCUGAGGAUCCAUUCAAUGAGAGGCAUGGGAAAGUUGAUCUUGUGAAGAAAAAGAAGAAGCAGAACCUGUCGAAGAAGGGCAAGAACCCUAUUAAGAAGACUAGUUUACCACAAAAUUCUGACAAAUUAAAGGAAGAGUUCCACAUGCAUGCUCCAUCUAAGUUCUUAAUUCUCUGUUUGAAAACCAUUCAGGAUGGCCUUCAGCAGGAUGGAGCCUUCAAUGGUGGAGAGGAAAAGCCUUUCUUCGUCCAUACAUGGGGAAUUGAAUUCUGGAAAUAUUUUACCAGUGGCAAAGAUAUAAUUGGUACAAAUCAAGCCCAUGCUACAACUGAGCAAAUUGCUUGGGUUGCAGCAACAACUGCUGAUGCCAUAUCAAGAAAGGAGAAAGAAGGUCUAUCAAUUAGCAACCCCUUCCUUUUAUUCCUUGUUCCCUCCCAAGAGAAAGCUGUCAAGGUGCGGAAAAUAUGCAAGCCUCUGAAAGCUCUUGGAAUACAUACAGUGAGUCUGCAUCCUGGUGCUUCUAUAGACCACCAAAUUCAGGGCCUGAAGAACUGUGAGCCCGAGUUUCUUAUUUCUACUCCUGAAAGACUUCAAGAACUCCUCUCACAUGGUGCCAUUAAAACUUCUGAUGUUUCUUUCCUGGUCAUCGAUGGACCUCUUACUGAGACAGGUUAUGUUGAUGCGGUUGAAUCCAUUGCAAAAUCUAUUUCUGGAAAGCCACAAAUACUGGCUUUCAGUGAUUGCUCAAAUUCUUCAUCCAAUUUUCUUAUGAAGAAGAGUGUUGGAGAAUCAAUCUGUAGAAUACCGCUUGAUGAUCCAGUAAAUGGUCAUAACAUGGCUUGAGAUAUUUGUGCUUCUAAGUUGUCAAAGACAAACGGGGCAUGUUGUCCUUGCAGUUGAUUACACAGCUUCUUGCGGAAGUAGUUCAAACUCAUCAUCGUUACAGAUCCUCUGGCGUCAUUCAACUUAAUAGAAGGAAGUUCUAUAAUUGUAAACUUCUUCCAUAUCACGGUGCUGCUUCUUUUCACAUUCGUCUGCAAAAUUCUUUGUUAUAGAGUAGAUGUGUUCGAGACAUCUUAGAUGGAAGGUUCAUAAUGUUGUGUUAGGAGCGGAAGUCAAUUGUAACCAUGGUGUGUUGUGUUCUGGGAAUAGCCUAACUGGAGAAUUGCAAGAGAUGCAUAUAACCAUUUUACUAUU